AUGGCACCCAAUAUACGAUUAAAAGGACCCAAAUCAGCAGGAAGUAAAGUGUCAUUUUCCACUGAGUGUCAUAUUUACAAUGGACAGCAAAUUCAAAAGUUUAAUUUACUGAUACGGCUUCCGUCACAAGUACUCAGUUCGUUAGCUUAUCCAUUUAGUAAUCAGAAAGAAACUGGUGGCACCAAGAAACAACCCAAAGACAAUACUGAUGAGAAUAUAAAGCAUGAAGAUGAGGAAAGCGAUAGUGAUCUUUCUUCGUUAGAUUGGGAAUUAAAUAAAGCACUUUCAUCUUCAAAUACCCUACCCUCGAGCGAGGUAACAUACAAGGCCCCAUCUACGAGUCAAGGAACACAAGUCAUAACUAAAAAUGAUACAAAAGAGUCGGAAGAUAGGUCUGCAGGUUAUAGAACAAUACCCAAGAAUCUUAUAUCGAUAAUAAAAAAAGAGCUCGGAGACUUGGGAGACACGGACGAUGAUUUGGGUAUGAUCGAAAAGAUGGUGUUUACGUUGAAAGACCCCUUAUCCGCUAGCAAGAUUGGUUUACCGGUGAAAUCAAACUUGUGUCAGCAUUUCGAAUGUUUUGAUUUCGAAAAUUUUUGCAUUUUUAACAAGAUCCCUAUGGGAGUCAAAAACUUGAUCAAAAAGGAUCUAGCGAAACGAAACUUGGACUUGAAAAAAUCUGAAAAGCUGUCCAAGUUGACCAAGCCUGGCCACGACAAGUAUGGCCAUGCCACCAACACCAAUGCCUCGUUCAUUCACUUCCCGUCAUUCACUCCGUCCAUAAAAAACUACAAGCAACCUUUUGCUCAACCUAAAGUCCCCACCUACAAAUGCCCCGUCUGCAACGUCAGCUUUGCAUUAAACCAGUUGUAUAUUAGUGACGUAUUCAAUUUCUUCGUCAAAACAACCCCCAAGCAUAUCGACCGUAUUGAGCUUAUGGACAUGGUCAAGUACAAAAUAAUCGACGAUUCCAAAGCCAAUUGGGCCAACACCAAGUCCCACGUCUCACAUGAGCCUGAAGACCUUGUUAUACUAUCUGACGACGACGAUGACGACCCUCCUACUGCACAUCACGCUAUCCACCAUAACGAGCACACCCAAGUCGAUCCCCAAAUUCCAGAAUCCACCGAUGAUGUCUUCAACGAUGGCUUGGAUAGCGAAUUAUUACGAUUAUCCAAUCUACACGAGCAUGCAACGGACAGCUACAAGGGAAGAGGCAGUUGGGAGGAUCCUGUAACUUUAGAUUAG